CUAGGGGUCAUUGUUUACAUCCAUCCAUACGUGCCAUUGCUGCCUGUCAGUGUGUGAAACAAACAUCUCGGCGCUGCUUUUCCUCCACCUUCUGCCUGAGAGCAUUCACCCCGAGGCUGCAGCACCUGAUCCACACACAGAGAAGAGAUCACUCUAGAGAGGGGAGAACCUGGUGGAUUUUUAACAGUGAAAUCAAUUUCUGCUUAGAUCCUUCAAAACCAACCGCCACCAUUUCACCUCCAACAGCCAUGUACAGCUCCAGCUACUCCCGGGCCAAGUUCGGCCUGGAGGCGAGGGAGUCGCUGCACAAGCCCAGAGGGAAGAGCUGCGGCUACUACCUGAGGAUCAUCUUCUUCUUCUCCUCCCUCAUCCAGUCCCUCAUCAUCGUCAGCCUGGUGCUCUUCCUCAUCUACGGACAGCCAGAGAAGACAGCAGAGGAGAGGAGGGUCAAGGAGCUGGAUCUGAACUUAAACAAGCUGACUGAGGACAACAUGCAGCUGAGGAAGGAGAAAGCCGAUCUGGGAGCUCAGCUGACAGCUCAGCUGACAGCCUGCACGACAGAGAAAACCGCUCUGGAGGCAGAGCUGACCAAGCUGAAGAUUGACUACAACAACACAGAGCGCACGCUGAAGGACAAAGUAGCCAGCUGCGAGAGAAUGAGUGCAACAACAAUCAAAAUGAUUAACCUACGCCCGAGCCCUCCCGUCCAGCCCCCCAUCAUGGUCACCUCCAGUGGUGAGGUGAAGACUCUGCAGAGCCUCAACGCGCAGCAGAAAGCCAUGAUAGAUCUCAUUCAGGCUAAUUUCACUCAGACUGUUCAGUACCUGGCCAAUGAUAGAGACAACGCCCUGAAAGAUCGAGACACCUACCACCAAGACGUCAUCGUCCUGCGCCGGGACAACACAAUGCUGAACGAGCAGCUCACCGCCUACACCAGAAAGUGCAAAGAGGACUUCGCUAACUCUCUGGACGGGAUCCAGUCAGUAACCAGGGACUUCCUGAACAGGAUCAAUAACCUGUUCCCCAACCAGAUGACCUUUCACCUCACCUGUGACAGCCAGAACGAGCAGAUGGAGAAGAUCAGAAGCAGCUGCACCAACCUGUCCAGAGACGUGGAGAACAAGUUCCAGCUGUAUUUGGACAAAGUGGGCAACAAGGUGGCAGAUAUCCAGGCCCUGUCCAGUCGUCUGGAGGUAAAAACCUCUCACUUGACCUCUGACCUGCAGAUGUGUGAACGCAGACGCAGUGAGAUAGAAGUCGAGACGUCCAAACAGCUACUGCAGAAGCAAAAGACUCAUGAUGACACGAUGGAGAAGUUAUUGGUUGAGAAGAACAAUCUGAGAGAACAGAAGAGACUGCAGGAGGAAGCUCUGGCCCUGAGAGUAAAAGAACUUCAGACCCUCCAGAGAAUGCUCCCAAACGCUCCGUCCAACUUUAAGCCCACUGUUCUGAAACCUGCCGGACUUCAGGCGGCACCAAAGCAGAACGGACCGACGUGGCCCUCUGUGGGAGCUCCAAGCAUCAGCAAAACCCCAACGGUGAGAUGAGAUGCAGUGUCUCAGAAACAUCAGGAGGCUGCAGAGAUGACCGAUCACCUCAAAGGAUCUUAAACGGACAUGUACAUAUUCUCAACACACUUCAACACACCCUGUAAAUAUUCAGAGUCCACAUUCAUGUCAUACUUAGUGUUGUUGGUCUUUGCAUGCUUUGUUUAAGUUUGUGAUUUCUAUAAAUAUUUGUUGUGCAGUUUAAUGUAAAAAUACGACACUGGUGUAAAUAUUCUCUAUUGUGUGUCACUCAUGUGUGGCCGUUAAAUCUUGUGUGUACUGUGAAAAAUAAAACACAUGUAACCAAA